AUGGCGGAUAGUUUAUGUAGUCCAUUGGCACCAUGCAGAUGGCCGGUGCAUCUUUUGGCUGGGUCGGUUGCCGGUCUUGCCGAACACUGUCUCAUGUUCCCAUUCGACUCGGUGAAAACUCGAUUGCAAAGUUUGUGUCCAUGCCCAGAAACAAGAUGUCCAACAGCAAUGCAUAGUCUUUUAUCAAUGGUGAAACGCGAAGGUUUGCUGCGAUCGUUAAAAGGAGUCAAUGCUGUUGUACUUGGUACCAUUCCUGCUCAUGCUCUGUAUUAUACGGUUUAUGAAAAUUCCAAAGCUUAUUUGUUAAGUAAUCCACGGGUAUCUAGUUCGAUGUCGUAUGCGAUGUCCGGAGCGCUUGCUACUGCUGUUCAUGAUGCUGUUAUGAAUCCCGCUGAGGUAGUGAAACAGCGUAUGCAAAUGAUUUUUAGUCCAUAUGGUAAUAGUCUGGAAUGUAUACGCUGUAUUUAUAUUCGAGAGGGUCUCAGGGCUUUUUACCGUUCAUAUAUUACGCAGCUAACAUUGAAUGUACCCUAUCAGUGUACUCAUUUUAUAAUAUACGAAUAUAUGCAAAGCUUGCUAAAUCCACAUCAUAAUUACAAUCCUUCUUCCCAUCUUGUUUCCGGAGGAAUUGCCGGUGGGAUAGCUGCAGCUAUCACAACUCCUUUCGAUUGUGUGAAGACCGUUUUAAAUACACAGCAAACUCCCCGAUUUAGUACCACAUAUCGAUUGCUUACUCAAAGCGGACCUACAGCAUAUUACAAAGGUCUGGCUGACGGAAUCCGGACAAUUUACUAUCUUCGAGGUACGGGUGGAUUUUUUCGUGGACUUCAGGCUCGAAUAAUAUUUCAAGUUCCUUCCACAGCGCUUAGCUGGUCUGCAUAUGAAAUGUGCAAAUAUAUUCUUUCUACGCGAAAUUGA